ACAAUACCACCUGUUAAAGCUUAUUCCCCAGCACAGAGCUACAAUCGUGAAGCAUACGAAGAAUUGAUGGAAUUCUUGAGUAGACACUCAUUGAAUGAUGGUGACAUGUUCUGUGCCAGCAUGAUGCGAGAAUCAUCUAGACAUAAGAGCUUAGCUCUCCGCAUACUCGAGGUGAGAUCAGCAUACUGCAAACAAGACUUUGAAUGGGACAACCUAAAGCGCGUCGCUGUUAAGAUGGUCAAUGAAUCAAACACGAGGCUGAUGAGGGAGUAUAUCUCGGAAACAAGUCCUGUAGAAACUGAAAUAUGAAUCAUGCCUUCUGUUGCCUCACCAGAUUGCACUAUAGCCCUCUAUGUACAGAGUAUUUUAUUCAUACAUGUCUGUGGAGAACUAAACUAUACGUCUCUUUGUUAAUCAUAGAGUCCUGUAGAUGUAGACAGUUAUGAUCAGACACAGAAUAAAUUCCAAAUGAUUGGGCUUGAUAUUUAUUGUAAAGACCCAGUUCUGUA